CCCUCAUUACCCGGGACCUCGGAGCAAAGAACAGUGUAGGGAAGGAGGGAUGAAAGCCAGCGCUGCUCCUGGCCCAGGUCAGUCCUUGCUAGUUCUCUGGGUGAGAAGAGACAUGAGACAUGGACCCCUGGGACUGGAGCUUUUCCCUAUCCAGUGAUCAAGGCUAGGAAAGACAGCGGAUGACCAGGAAAGAUGAUAGUCCUACAAAGGCUCCAGUUCUUUCUCCCAAACCUACAGCUAUCUUGGAUCUCAGGAACAGCAGAGAUGCAUUUAGAGACCACCCCCUCCCCGGAGCAGAAAUAGUCACCUCUUGGGAACUGGGGACAGAGAUUUAUCCAUGACUACCUUUCAGAACUAGAACUGACGUACUGAUAAACUGAACCGUAGUUUAAUCAAGGCUUUUGCCCUCCAGGUCCAGGAGGCUAUUGUCUUCAGCACUCUGCAGACAGUAAACGAACCUCAACAGCUUCUUGCUCAGAGACAUACCAUGGUGAGUUAGAGAGCCAGCAUUAGAUCCAGGAGUUUCCUUCACAUUCAAGAACCUCAAGUCAAGAGGCAGCCUGAGCCUGAAGCUUCCCCUGUCUACACUGUUUGCUCUUUUUAACAAGGCAAGUCGGACACCCGGGAGGCUUGAGAACUUGGAGAAAUAGCAAACAAAAACACCAUGAAAUUUCUAUUUGAUUUGUGACUUUCUGAGAAAGUUUAAACAGCAGAGGAAUGAGAAUGCCAUCUGAGAUUUCUCAGCCUGUGCUGCACAGCCUGCCCCAUAGAGUGGUGUGAUCCCAUCCAUGCGCAAGGACUCAGUACUGAGCAGGGAAAAGCAAUCAGAUGGGUUCCAGGUGAGCUCAGCUCCCCCACCCAGACAGAAGGCAGAGGCUGAAUGAGAGCAGCUGCUUCCAGCCAUCAUUCCCUGGACUCUCUGGUGUCAGAGUCAGGCUGGGCCUUUUUGUCCCCGUGUUUGCUGUGAGAGUGGGCACCUGUGGUGCCAGGUCUCCCACCACCUUCUUCCCUGUGAAUAUUAUGGAAUGUCUCAAAGGGCAGGAGCGGCAAACACUGGGGAGCAAAGCCUGGGACAAUCCUGCCUACAGCAGCCCCCCUUCCCCAAAUGGGACCCCAAGGAUCUGUACUGUCUCCAGUGGGGCACUCCCCCAGCCUCAGCCCAAGAAGCCGGAAGACAGAUGCCAGGAGAAGGCACAGAGAACACUGGCGUCCAGCUGCUGCUUCCACAUCUGCCACAGCAUCAGAGGACUCUGGGGAACAACCCUGACUGAGAAUACAGCUGAGAACAGAGAACUCUAUGUCAAGACCACCCUGAGGGAGCUUGUGGUGUACAUCGUGUUCCUCGUGGAUAUCUGUCUGUUGACCUAUGGAAUGACAAGCUCUAGUGCCUAUUACUACACCAAAGUGAUGUCCGAGCUGUUUCUACACACCCCAUCACACUCUGGGGUUUCCUUCCGGACCGUCAGCAGCGUGGCAGAUUUCUGGGAUUUUGCUCAGGGCCCCCUCCUGGACAGUUUGUACUGGACGAAGUGGUACAACAAUCAGAGCCUGGGUGGUGGCUCCCACUCCUUCAUUUACUAUGAGAACUUGCUGCUGGGGGUCCCGAGGUUGCGGCAGCUGCGAGUGCGCAACGACUCCUGUGCGGUUCACGAGGACUUCCGGGAGGACAUUUUGAACUGCUACGAUGUCUACUCUCCAGACAAGGAAGAUCAACUCCCUUUUGGGCUCUUCAAUGGGACAGCGUGGACUUACCAUUCACAAGAUGAGCUGGGGGGCUCCUCCCACUGGGGCAGGCUUGCAAGCUACAGUGGGGGUGGCUACUAUUUGGACCUUCCAGGAUCCCGACAAGCCAGUGCAGAGGCCCUGAAAGGCCUUCGGGAGGGGCUGUGGUUAGACAGGGGCACUCGGGUGGUCUUCAUUGACUUCUCAGUCUACAAUGCCAACAUCAAUCUUUUCUGUGUUCUGAGACUGGUGGUAGAGUUUCCAGCCACAGGAGGGACCAUCCCGUCCUGGCAAAUCCGCACAGUUAAGCUGAUCCGCUAUGUGAAUAACUGGGACUUCUUCAUCGCCGGCUGUGAGGUCAUCUUCUGUGUCUUCAUUUUCUACUACGUGGUGGAGGAAAUCCUGGAAAUCCACCUGCAUAGGCUUCACUACCUCAGCAGCAUCUGGAACAUCCUGGACCUGGUGAUCAUCUCGCUCUCCAUAGUGGCCGUGGGUUUCCACAUCUUCAGAACCCUGGAAGUAAACCGACUGAUGGGAAAGCUCCUGCAGCAGCCAGACACUUACGCAGACUUUGAGUUCCUGGCCUUCUGGCAGACACAGUACAACAAUAUGAACGCUGUCAACCUUUUCUUUGCCUGGAUCAAGAUAUUCAAGUACAUCAGCUUCAACAAAACCAUGACCCAGCUCUCAUCCACACUGGCUCGCUGUGCCAAGGACAUCCUGGGCUUUGCUGUCAUGUUCUUCAUCGUCUUCUUCGCCUAUGCCCAGCUUGGCUACCUGAUUUUUGGGACCCAAGUGGAGAAUUUUAGCACUUUCGUCAAGUGCAUAUUCACCCAGUUCCGGAUAAUCCUUGGGGAUUUUGACUACAAAGCCAUUGACAAUGCCAACCGAAUCCUGGGUCCUGUGUACUUCGUCACCUACGUCUUCUUCGUCUUCUUUGUGCUCUUGAAUAUGUUCCUGGCCAUCAUCAAUGACACAUACUCGGAGGUCAAGGAGGAGCUGGCUGGCCAGAAGGAUGAGUUACAGCUUUCUGACCUCCUGAAACAGAGCUGCAAGAAGGCCCUACUAAGACUGCAUCUGAGGAAGAAACAGGUUUCAGAUGUGCAGAAGGUUCUGGAGGGUGGGGAAUCGGUGAUCCAGCUGGAAGAUUUCACCAACACCUUGAGGGAACUGGGACAUGCAGAGCAUGAGAUAUCUGAGCUCAAGGCUGCCUUCACCAGGUUUGAUAAGGAUGGGAAUCACGUUCUGGAUGUGAAGGAGCAGGCACAGAUGCGACAAGGUCUGGCAGAGGAGAGGGUGGCCCUUAGUGCUGAGAUGGAGAACCUAGGCCAGUCCAUUGGAUAUAGCCUACCAGGUGAAUCGGGCACAGAAGCUGCCAGAGGAGGACACUGGGUUUCUGAAGAAGAAUUCUACACGCUCACAAGGAGAGUUCUGCAGCUGGAGAGCAUUCUGGAAGGAAUCGCGUCCCAGGUUGAUGUUGUAGGCUCAAAGUUGAAGAUGCUGGAGAGCAAAGGGGACCUGGCUCCCUCCCCAGGAAUGGAGAUGCUAGCUGUUUGGAAAAACCUGUAACCAGUUCUAGUUGUCACUCCAGCCCCCUUGGGAGUCCAGGGUGGGCAGGAGAAUGGAAAAGGGAUUCUAAAACAUCAGACAGCAAGUUCCUCUCUCUAUGCCUUUCCAGAAGCCGCUUCUCCUAUGUCCCCCACCCCACCCCUUCUAGGGCAGCAUGUCUCAUGACAGCUGCUGUGGAGUUCUACUCUGUAGCUGGCCUUUUGAGCCAAUGUUUUUGUGUGUAGCUGGGUAGCAUGUUUAGGCUUGUCCUUUGGUGUUUCUAUAUGUAGUCAUACAGCUCUGUAAAACAGCAUUUCCUACCUGGCUUCUGACUUGCUGUGCAUUUACUUCUGCUGUAGUUAUUAGUAUCAAUAACAAACAAGAAAAAGGAAGAGACGACAAUGACUCUCCUAAAGAACCCAGACAGCCAUGGUCCAAAGGUAGAAGCCCAAGUAUAGGCAAUGGAUAUGUCUUCUUACUUCACAGUAAAUCUAACUCUUCUGCGUGUGUCUAGAGACCUGCCAUUGGCACGCAUGAGUGUGUGCAGGGGUCUUCUCUUCCCCCAUAGAGUUUCCCUGUAAGAGAGAAAAGAAGUCCUGGAGGAAAGUAGACUCUUGUGUGGUAAGAUUCAAACAGAGGAGUUAAGAGUGACACCCUGAACCCACCCUCCGAUUCUUAUGCUCCACUGAAUACCUGGAAUCAAGAGGACUUCAAACCUGGAAACAGAAACAGAAACCAAAGGAAAUCAGAAAGGAUGUAAUAUCAGGAUUCACUGAUCUUUGGACCAACACGGUGGUCUCUGACUUGAUUUACCAUAGGACAAUGUGGGGUGCCAAGGUGACUAUCAAUAAAACUCUUUAGAAAACCAGA